AUGGUGUUUGUUUUUUUUUUUUUUGGGGGGGGGGGGGGGGGAAGUCGGCGCUGCUGGAGCUGGCUGAUUCACAGUAGCGACUCGGAGCUUUCACUCACCCGACCACGAACAUUCAUGCCGCCUGUCAGACAACCCGUACGAGAUGACAGCAGAAGUGGGAGAGUGCGUGUUUGGGCCAAUUGGAUCCGCCCCCAGCUGGCGCUGUGGCCGUCUUCGUCUGGCGCUCGACUUGAUCCGACUGGCAGCGACGGGGGUUUGUAUGGGGGUGUAGUGCGCGACAGAUGCAAGCUGUUGGCUCGAGCCACACGAGGAGUUGUAUCUGGAAAAGUCGUAGCCUCGCUAGCAUCCGGCCCUCAAGAGUUUUCGACCAGAUCAGCUCCCAGCAGCAGCAUCAACCACACCACACCAGGUGUGGCGGCACGGGUUGCCGUCGCCGUCGUUCGAGCUAGAUUGACCUUACAACCAACAUGGUCAGCGCAUUCGAUUCAUGAUGGCCGCAAACACCGGUUCUUGGCUGGCCAGUGCCCCUUCCUUUCCGCGCAGUUUAGCGACCGUAAGGUCGUGGCCAUCAAGCGUGACGACAUCAAGCUCUUGACCCUCGACCGCACCGAAGGAUGCUUUGGUUUGUCUCGCAUCCCUUGGCUUUGGCACAAUGUUCGAGCCCUCCCAUGCUCUGACCAUACCCCACUUUGGCAUGGCCUGGCCCUCGUGACCUUAGGCUGGUACAAGGGCCAAUGUCGCCUCCGCUCAGGUGGAGCCGAUGCGGCUUCGCGGGUCAUAGAUGUUGGCGUCAAACUUCUUUCCACUGAUGCAACAGUGUUGCACAUCAAGGCGCUCACCAAGGCAAAAAGUCGUGCAUUGGGAUCUCGCUUCAAGAAACAUCUACCUCAACCCCUCUCUUCAGUGCAAAAUUGCCAAUCUAGGUCGCGAAAAGGUCAGAAGCAAGCUGCAGCAGUAUCUACCAUGCCUCCUGCUGGUUUGUCGAAUGCGACACGCCUCUUUCUCACCAGCCCGGUCCGCACCCAGGCCACCACGGACAAGGCGCCAGAUGGCUUUUAUACUUCGCCGGCCGGUACCUUACUCAUGCGCUGGUCGCCCCCUGAAGUGGGUAUGACCGAGGGCAGUAUUCGUCGCGUCAAUCCAGCCGAGGACCUCUGGUGCUUUGGCUUUUUGUUGUACGAAAUCUACACCAAAGGCCGUAUCCCAUAUGGCAAAAGCACCUGGACAGAUCCACAGCAGUACCUAGAUACCAUGGUCGAAAUGCAGGAAGGCGGUAUUCUGCCUCAGCCUGAAGUUUGCCCAGACGAUGCCUACUCGAUCAUGGUUGACUGUUGGUCGCACGAUCCCAAAGACCGCCCCACUUUUGCCUCGGUCGAGUCUCGUCUGAGUUCUGCAGAUGCUUUUACGGAGCUCGAGCAGGUGCUCGCGAGUGUUGCAUCAGCGGCAAUCAUGGAUGGCUUUGAAGCAAGCAAAGUAACUUCACCUGAGCCCAAGCGCAGCCCAACGCCUGGCGGUGCACGCGAUCACAUUGUGCCACCGCAGGCACCCGCGUCAAUUGGUUGGGCCGCUGACAAUCACAACCAGGAUGACUUUGACCCCUUGCAAGUCGAUCUUGACCUGUUUGAAACGUCGCCCGAUGAACACCAGGUCGUUGAUUUGAGCCCGGAGGUUGAUGAAGCGGCUAUGCGCUCACCCACACCACAAAAGUCUCUGAACGUGGAUCAGGCCAACGAUUUGAUUUCGGCCCUCAUCACACAACAAGACGUAACGGGCUUUCCCGACGAAGCCAUAUCACCACGUAGCAGCGUUUCACCUCUCGACAAGGAUAUGGAUGAUGACCUGGAUGACUCUGCUGAUCGCCGAGGCAGCAAGCUCUCUAACCGCAGCGUCUCCUUUGCCGACGAAGUCACCGUGAUUCGGGGACAAGAUAAGAAAAACAAACAAGGUGCCCCCGCCACGGCAGCUCCGAAGCCAGCCCUCCCCACCAUGCCGGAGAGGAAGGCCGAAGGUGCUGUGUCGUCCCAAAAUGGACCCCGAAAUCUCAAGAAGCGACCGACACCCUUUGCCAGCAAUCGACCUCGCCUCAGUGCAGAGGACGAUAUGAAGGCCACCAAACCAUUGACUUCGCAUGGUGCACAAAGUUCCCCGCCUGUAGUCCCAGCGGCUUCACCCGCUCUGGAUACAGACAUUCCACCUCCGCCGCCCACAGCCCAAGAGUUAUUACAGUCAGCCAAGCCCACGGUACGGGGCAGUGCUGCAGCUCGCGCUCGCGCGGCCGCUCAAUCUGCUUCAUCGACAUCAUCGGCGUCCACGCCAGAGCGCGUAACUUUUCGACCCUCGGCAGCAGCGCGCGCACAUGCGCGACAAGCUGCCCGUCCACGCGAUUCCUUUCCAUCUUUUGCAUCGGCCAAUGCAACCUACUCGCGCCUGGCCGAAACCGCACCGGCAGCCGCUGGUCAGCCCCUACCUCCUCGCAUGUCGGGGGAUUACGGCUUUGGGUCCGCGUUGGAACAAAUGCCCACAUCUCAGUCUACUAAACCCCUGCACCCUGCCAAGGAGGCCCCGAUGCCUGUCCAGUCCGCACACCCGGCGACACACGCGUCCGCCGCACCAGCCCAUAUGCUCUACCCUCCCCUGAAUGCUGCGCAAGAGCAGCAAAUGCAGAAUGAGUGGCAGCGUCAACGAGCUGCGCCCCCCUCCUCCUCGGGCUCACUGUUGGGACCUCAAGUUCAUACCACGUCACGUCUUCUGCACGAAAACGCCACACUGCGGGCUGACCUCAUCGCCAUGCGUAAUGCGGUGGCCGAGGCCUUGGAUCUUGCUGAGCAAAAACGCCAGGAGCGUGAGGCCCAGUUGCAGGAGAUUCAGUUUCAACAGUCCGCACUGGCACAGCAAGCGCAGGCUUUGGCUGCUCAGGAGCAGGCGUUGCGUAAUCGCCACGCUCAAGCGCAGCAGCGCUCCUCGCAACUUCAAGCUCUAGCAAGCAGUAUGGGGGGUCCUGCGCCGUCCAUUCAACCCAACAUGCAUCAGUAUGCGCGCGGACUCGGCCCUGACGCGGAUUAUGCCCCAGAGGUGUAUGAUGUCAAUGCUUCAUCAACCCAGCCAUCACGUGCGGUGCUAAACCACCAUCACGGGGCUGACCUGAUCUCGGCCGCUGAAUUGCAGUCCAAUUUCGAACGCAAACUUUCCAUGCCGCCAGCGCCAGCCCACGCGCGUGCACGAGGAUCCUCGAUUGACUUUGGCUUUCCUGACGAAGCGCAGCGACGUCGAUCAACGCAGUAUGGCUUUGAACCCAAUUACAGCCAGGGCCAAGAUCGCGCUGGCCCAGGCAACGAUGAGGGCGAAUACUUGGAUGUUGAGGACGACGGUGCUGAUGAUGCUUCGGAUGGAUCAAACUACCGGCACCCGCUCAACUCACAGGUAAAACGCUGCCUCACUUUGCUGAUGCUGUCGCGGCACCACACUUUUUAA